AUGCCUUCUUACAUCUCUACCCAACCUGAAAUAUUUACAAAACCGCCCGAGAAAACAACUUCAGAUUGGAGGAAGCCGGGCCAACUAACCGAUGAACAAGUGAAACAGUUUUUCGGUGAGGUAAGUUACAAAUAACUGCAACUUGAUCCUUUUAUCGUGAAAAUUGUUCACACAUUAAACUCUUCGCUCGAUCGCUCGAGUGCCUGUCCCAGCGUUAACUUUGAGAAGCUAACGCUUGCAAAACAUCAAAACAACAUGUAGGACUUUGUGGAUUCCCGAUCCCUUUGAGGGGUCGAUACAAAACAUUUUACACCGAGACUGUCAACCCUCUUCCACUUGCUCAAAAAACGCAAAUUUAGGUAUUUCAAGUUGGGAGGGCAAAGUGAGGAGGGAGCUUCGAGUAGGUAUGGGUAGGGGUUAUUUUAGAGUUCAUGGAGAAGCAAUAUCAUAAAAAAGCAUGACCCAUUGCGUUACAUUUAUAGGUAACGCGGUAUUGUUGUAGGUGCGUGACAGCUUGACCUGUGAUUGGCUCUAUUGGGGAUCGGGAUGCAAGAUAGGUGCCCAUUUGACCGAGCAUUACUGGUCUGGUUCUUUUCUGCUUUUUAACACUUUUAUAUCACCUCAGCCAAAAGAAGAGGUCCAUAAGUAAUCGAACUCUGUAACAGCCCCAGACGAAACGUGAUUACCCUAGAAAGAACAAAUAUCAAGAGAAAGCAAGAAAAUAUAGAAGCCUUAUCUUCUCAUGAAGGAAGAAAUGGAAACACAGAAAACUGAUAUUAGCGUGGAAUUACACUGCGGCACAGGCUCGUCCUUUAGACGUGGACUAAAAUCUGAAAAAGUGACGGAAAAUUAGCUAACCUACGAUCAACCGGUCCUUCUUUCGUUUUUGUUUUCCCCUUUUCCCGAAAAAAAAAAAAAAAAAAACGCCUGAUCCCAGGUUAAAAAUUUGCGCGACGAAACAAAGCUAUUCGCUAUUUCGUCAUUUUCCCCGGCCAUUUGCCUUUGGGGUCUCUUUCUACAUUUUUAAAGUGAGUCCUGAUGGUCCUGAUGGUCGUUCUUUCAUAAGGAAAUAAGACUUUUUUCAAGGGCAAAUCAAGCUCAACUUCGUUUGAAUAUUGGGGCUGGAGGUAACUCGGAGAUAGAGUAUUAUGCACUACCCACCAUUCUGAAGGCCAGUAAAUCACUGAGGACAAAGAUGAAGCGGAAGCCGUUACAUUGAUGUGAUGUUCCAUGCUAGUAAUAUAGUUGCUUAAUUGUCUAGGAGUAUAUAGUUGUCCCAAUCAAGUUGAAAACACCAAAAAAAAAACGUCUACAGGAGCCUAACCCUAGUCACGGGUUUCUGCUGAUGGGUUCCUGGCUGAUGAGCCACUCCUGACGCAAAGUGAACACAACCGGAAGCUCAAACUCACGGACUAUGUCACGGAAGCUGAUCAGUGACUGUUGAGAUGCUUGGAUAUUUGGGAAGAUGCGAAGAAGAGGCAAACCGAACAGAAGCUUUAUUAGACUCAGGACCUUUUGGUGUAUGUGCCGGUUUCUGGAAGCGAGAUACAACAGGAGCCUGAGAGAGCAACUUUACCACCGCGCUCGGAACCACUGCUGCCAGAAGGCCGGGUGUUUGCGGGCAAGACUAUUUUGUUAUGUACUAGCACUAUUAAACAAAGGUUUAGCGUGUGGUGGCAUUAUGAACUACAAGUCUAUUCAUUUAUCUCAUCCUAUGUAAGAUUAUUAUGUCAGUUCGGUUUCUAUUGUUAAUAUAUCUUUUGCACAGCCCAUCUUUAAAACCUUAUAACUAGACUUGCAACACUGAGGUGGACUGCGUAAGGGCGGAAAUAGGCAUUAAGAAAGUCUACCUUACAACUUACAUGUGUACUUUAUAAACAACAGAAAAGUUAAAUAAAAGAAAGAAAGAGAGAAAGAAGGCGGGAACAAGAGAAAACUGCAGAGAAAGGGGGAAAAUCCCCUUUCUAUCCUCUCAUCUCUCUAUCCUUCCCGCGCCCCUUCGCUCAGCUCUCUAUUUCGCGCCGCAGGCUAUCCAAAGCCUAGUAAAAACUAAGUAAAGACAUCUCCUCUCGCGGGCACACAGGUUACUGUCAGACCACUGGAACAAAGCUACAAAUGUAGAUGCUUUUCUUUUAAGCAAAUUCGUUUUUGAGCGACGCACGUCAACCGGAAGUGAGGUCUUUUUCAUUUUAAAGCACCUUGACGCUACCAAAUUUGUAUUUCUAAGUGUCUUUACUAUUAUAGGGACGAUUUGUCUAAAAAUUUGGGCAAAACUACCAUCCAAAAAUGGAAAAAAAAAAAACACUUCCGGUUGACGUGGGUCGUUUCACUCCUAUAUAUGCAGAUAGUAUGCUGUGGUUCAUACCAGGAGCCCAUAACCCGGCGUUUUUUCGGACCGGUUUAUUUUUAGACACAUUUUAGGGCAAUUUUCCCGCGAAAAUGGAAUCUCCUUCACGUCUAUGAACGCAUUCGAAGUGUAAGAUAUCAAAAAGGAAAACGUAACGUGUUUAAAAGGCAAAAAUGAUCAUUUUUAGGUCUGUAGGUUUUGCGGACUGGUUUGUGGGACUUUGAUGAUAUUCUAAAUUCGCGUCAAAACCGUUCCAAAAAUAAACUGGUCCGUGAAAACGCCGUGAACCGAGUACAUUGAAGUUGCUCGCUCCAGCUUAUGGGCUCCUACAUGUUCAUACUCAUCAGCACUGUAUAUGUAUUUUAUUUUACAGGGGUAUGUGUUGGUUCCGCAGUUCUUUGAAAAAAGUGAGUUAGAGUCUGUUAUCGCAGCCAUUUGCGAGCUGGUUGAUCAACUGGCAGAUAAACUCUACGAUGCUGGAAAAAUUCAAGGUAGACUAUUUUAAAAACCAUGUAAACUUAAAUUCAAGUUACGGAAACUACGGGGACUCCCUUGUUUUCGUUCCCUCGAGCGCGCUAGGACUCGCCUCCAACAAGGAGAGAAGAAACGCACCCACGAUAUUUCCUACUGUACCUUAGGACAAUAAGAGACUUCUCGUGGUCUAUUCGAAUCAAAGCAUGGACAAAUCCUUUUCGCAACGUUUCCUCACCUGAGGUAUAACUGAGGAUCAAGCUGUUAUGUCUUUUCAUAGCCUCUUUUUAUAGAUAGCCAACAUUAAAACCUAGAGCACGCCAUUUUAAGAGUACAAACUAAAAUUGUUUUGGAUAGUCCAGUUAGCGGAUAAUGGAAACACGCUUAAAAGGUUUACAAGAGUUAAAAUGGUUCUAGUAUAUAUAUCGAUCUAGGGGGGAAAAGGUUUUAUCAGUACAUACAAUACUUUAUUUCUUUGUUAAAUGCAACAUUUUUCUUUUGGUUUAGAUAAACACAAGGAUGCGUCAUUUUAUGAGAGACUGAUAUUGAUCGAAAAGCAAUUUCCGGGAGUAGUACUGCUUCAUAAGCAUGGAGUUAUGCCAAAGGUAACCCGAAUAACCGAGUUUUUACAAUUACAAGUCAUAAGAAAUUUGUUGGAAAUCUGGAUAGUUUUUGCGGGAGCGAAGGAGAAAUGCUGAUUUAAAGGAUGGUGGAGGGGACUGGGAAGCAGGGUGGUGGAGACAAUAAUGGAAGUAAGUCUAAAACAUAAGCCCCCUCCCCCUCCCCCUCUUAUAACCACUUAUAAAGUAGAAAAGUGAUUUUUUUCUUGGAGUGAAAUAUAGUAGCUUUCGUUAUCAGCUUGUUUCCAGACGAAUUUUGUAUUCCGCUUAUACGCACUCAACCCCCGCAUAUAAGCUCACUUUAAACCCCUCGUGAACUCGUAUAAGCCAAGCUAGCGCUUAUGGACGGGAAUUUUAACUGUGUUUUUUUCUUUCUUUAUUCCUUUUUAUUUUCCUCUUUUUUUGCAAAUACUACUGGGACUGGACUCAGUAAACGAUCGUCGUCCCCUUUUGUCUACGUAGGGGAUGCAAUAAGUGUUGCAAAAUGUUGGGGUGUUUGGUCAGGUCUUGGUCAGAUGCAUUAAAAAAAGCAAGGAGAAACCCCGUAUCUAUGAAGCAUAAUGCAAGCAACCUCCAGGUAUUGAAUGUUGUUUUACCAUUGUGGCCUGGCUCACAUGUUGGUAUUUAAUAGGCUUUUCAAGACUUGUGGAGCAAUGAACGACUUUUGAACGUCAUCGAGCAGUUUAUUGGACCCGAUAUAGCUGGUCAUCCUGUGUGGAACUUAAGGACGAAGGUACGUGUCCUGAUACAGCUACCCAUCCUGUGUGGAACUUAAGGACGAAACAGGAGCAACUCCUGGACAAAGGUUAUAUUCCGCUCUGCUCGCUACGUGUCAUGGCUCCAAGCCUUUUAUUAUUCCCCGACCCAUUCUCACCCCAUAUAAGGGAGUACAAGACAGUCUUGGAUUUUGGACUCCACGCUAAGGGUUCCGGAUUUUAGGAACUGGCUUCCGAUUUUAUGUCGGUGGAACUUGGAUUCUGGAUUCCAGUCGUUAGUGGGAUUCCGGAUUCCUUUAGUUGUAUUCCGGAUUCCAGAGCCAAGAAUUAGCUAGAAUUCCUCGAAUUCCACAAGCAAAAAUUUCCCGGAUUCCCUCAUGGGGCGACCAUUCCAUAUAUGGAGGACAGGUUACACGGAACAAAACUAGACAGUUAGAUCUUCUAUAAAAGCUCGUUAGGUAACUAAAAAUGAUGACUAAUCUCCUGAUGCUGAUGUGUUAUUAUAUUAUUUUGGCAGACUCCAAAAAACACUCAGGUGACCGUGCCUUGGCAUCAAGGUAAAACUCUUAGUUACAAAUUACAAAGUCGAGUGUUGAAUGCUUCAUCUGCUUCGUGUUGAAAAGAUGGUUAUCCAGGACCAUGAGAAAGUGUCUCUCUUGCCCGUCUUUGCAAACUGGUAUUGUUGCCUAAAUCCGGUAGUCAUGAAGGGGACCCUAUAUCUUAACCAACUUAUCUAAAGUUAAUUAAACUUAAAUUCAAAUUCUAAUGAGUUUUAGUGACAAAGACAUAGAGCUCUACCUAUAUUCGUGCUAAAACUUCAACAAACUGCAGAUUUUGUGAUCAUAUAAUUUGUUUGCUACCAUUAUUGCAUAUAAAAAAGUUAUGUCGACAUUCUUAUCCCAUUUCUGAUGAAUUUUAUUUCUUUCCAUUCAUUUGAUUUCAUCUAUUCUUCCAUUUUUAACAAGGUAACGCUGACUUAGUUACGACAUUGGUAUUGCCUAAAUACCAAGGGUAAAUAAAGUCCAGUUUGUUAAAAUUUAUUCCAGACUGCGCGUACUUGUCAUCAGAAGCCUGUGAAAUUCUUCAGCCUACAGCUUGGAUUCCAUUGUUAGAUACAAACAGGAUGAAUGGUUGUAUGCAGGUAAAGUAUACCUUAAUGUCCUUUUGAAGACUAAUUUCAGUCGGUAUCUUUACAAAAACAAUCCUUUUUGCUCAAAAUGCCCACAGGAAAAACAAAUAAUGAUAUAAAAACGGAUUUUAAGAUGGCUGCUAUUUCCAUCGAUAAUGCGUUGAAGAGAUGUACAACUUGCUCAAGUAACGAGCCCAUAAUCCUGAGCGAGGAGCUGCCAUGUCCUCGUGUCACGGCAUUUUCACUGACCGGUUUAUUUUUAGAGUUAUUCCGGCGCGAAUUUAGAAAAUCUUUCAAAUUCCACAAACCAGUAACCAAAACCUUGAGUCGUCAAAAUGGUAUUUUUGUCCUUUUAAUGACGUUUAUUUUCCUUUUUUGAUAUCUUAUAGCUCGAAUGUAAGGAGGUACAUCUUCGUAGCAAAAAGUUCCCUUAAAAUGUAUCAGGAGCUAAAAAUCUAUCGGUCCGUGAAAAUUAAGGCCGUUACAUAGGCCUAGGUAUAGAAGGAGAGGGUGGUAAAGGGCUUCUAAGGAUGACAGAAGAUGGAAUUUUGGCAAAGAAAGCGGUGCAAUGGGGGCCCAACGAGCUGGUUAAUGGAAGAUCAUAUAUCCUUAACUUAUAAUAAUCUUUGGUUCCUUCAGGUAGCACGGGGAGGUCACAGAAAAGGUACACUAGCAACACACACCUGCUGUGCCGGGGAUACUUGGUAUGUUGACCUUGCCGAGGACGAAAUGAGAAAGACAUUAGGUAAGACCCUGGGAAAUUUGAGGAUAUCAAUUCUAAUUGAGCCGUAUCGAUCGUCAUUUUUCUUCUUUUCUUCCGGUAUCCUGUGGCUUUACAUAAGCCAUAUCAGUCUAAAAUAAAAUCUACAAUAUGGUUGUGCAAGUUCAAACCCACCAACAGCCCUAUUUAUUUCAUCAACUUGGAGUUUUAUUCUGUCUCAUUUUAAAACCUACACAUUUUUAACCUCUAAUAUAAUGCAAAUGCUGACAUCAAUUAGGUUAUCGGGCCCAAAAAUACAUAGGGUCUUCUUAUGAGUCCCAAGUUGACGCAAAAAAGGUGACUGGCAGAUACUAUAAAAACGCUAUCAGUUAUUACUAUAAUUAUAGUGAUGAUGAUGAUGAUGAUGAUGAUAACGGGGGUGCCAACGUUCCUCACUUGUACCAAAUGGCUGAAUUACGGAGGAACCAGAGAGGUGAGAUCGAAUGUCAGCAUGUAUUAAAGGUGCACUAUGCAGCCGCUUCAUUCCAUGUUUGGUCUCACCGCACCCACCCAAACCAAUGACGGCAAAUGUCAGAUAGACUAUGACACCGAGGCCUACGUCCCGCACUCUUUCCAUCAAACGUCAUCAGAAUCUUUGAAUUAGGUUUUGCAGAAAGAUCAACUUUACUAAGAAGUGAUCAUUGUCUUUCUCAAUUUCAUAUACGAUAGAUGUGGAUUUCGAGAAAGACAUUGUGCUUUGUGAAGUUCCCUUUGGAGGAGUUCUGUUUAUUAACAAUCUGGUGCCACAUAGAAGGUCUGUGUUUUAGUAUGUGUUCUUUUCUUCUUCUUGACUUUUAAAGUGGCUUUGUCACAAAGUAUCCGAUCCCAUCUUUCUAAAAGGCUACAAAAAACGUCUUCGCGUCAAUUCAAAAGGAAUGGCCCAGUUUUGUUAUUUAAGACUUUUUUUGGCACCAAAUCUGUUCCCUCUCGUCUUUUGCUACGCAUGGUAAAGAUGAACAUGAAUUGAAAUUUGAAAAACAGGAUCACUAUUUGUAUAUUUGGGCAACGGCACUGAGUGUAAAGACUUCAGCAAAGAAUUGAUUGACCAGUAAAACAUUCAUAUCCUAAGGUCCGAUAAACUAAUUUCCCGCAUAUUAUCGGUCAAUAUGCGCAGAUGGAGUCAUAGCUGAAGUUGGGUGCAUCAUGGCAAAAUGGUAGGCGAAGAGAAGUUUAAACUUAGUCACAGAGUCCAAAUAAUAGGUCAACAACAACCGAGGGAUUCUGAACAGGUAUCUCUAUUACGAAGACAGCUGUGUCUUGAAUGCUGUCUUUUAAAAUGAGAUGAAGAAAAAAAAAAUGUUGACGACAUGAACUGGCUGCACUCUACUGUCACCCCUGUAGCUCUAAGACCAGAUCUACUUGAUUGUUUUACUUGUUGGAAACACCAGGUGUAGUACACAUCUUUAUUGAACAUUGCCCUCAACUGAUUUUCCGAUGACUUCUAAACAGUUUAAAACGUCGACUUACAUUUUAGUCUGGAGAACGUUUCAGACAAGAUUCGAUGGAGUCUGGAUCUAAGGUGGCAAAGACCUGAUAAACCCAAUGGUUUUUAUGGCCUCAAGGUACGUAGGUUGUCGUACAACCAAUGAAUCGAAAUGCAUUUUCAGUCCUUGCCUGGUUCAGCCCAGGCCUCUAGUCUUACACAACAGAACUCAACACAACAACAAAAAACAACAAACAAGUUUAUUCAGUAUUACCAUUUUGUACAGGUGUUACCGAUUAAAAUAGCAAUAAAAAGCUAAAUUUAAGGAAAUGAAGAUAUAAUGGAAUGGUAGAAUUAAUUAUGUUUCUUUCGUCUUUCAAAUGCUUGAAAGACGAAAUUAGCAGUUAGCUUGCUGAUAUGUGAAUCAGUAUUGCUAAAAAGAAAACAGACUUUAUCAUGGAUAUUGUAAUUUGUGAAUAAUGUAUUUCCGUCGUUGAUUUUAAUAAAAAGAGUCUUUCUCAAGACAUUAUACACAAGACUUACAAUAUCUGUGGAAGAAGUAAGACACCUCCAAUCCUUGUUUUUCGGUUUGACGGUAAUUUCUCACUACCUAGACCGUAAUCUGAGUUUGUACAUGAAAGCAGACUUGACUUUUCAGCAAACGGAUCGAAAAAUACUUAAAUCACCGGAUGAACUGGCUUCACGGGACUGUGGCAUAAGGCCUUAGUUCAGCCCAUCGGUUUGUUAUUUUGCCAAAAUGAAAUCGCAGAUAUCAAAAACACUCAAAACCAGCACUUUACGCCUUCAAACGUGUCUCCUGAUAGUAAGUUAUAAUUCCGAGUUACAAGCAGCGAAGAGUAAAAAGAAUAACUAACUUUCAUAGUUCACGGUUGCAAUCCUUUUCAUUCUUUGCUUUGUUUACCUUGAUGCUAAAAUCCGUACAGGAACCUUCUUUGGGUUGACAAACCUUUCGGGUUUUUUUUAGGAGAAUAUUUUACUCCGUACAUCAAGCGACCCUAACUAUUUGGUAGACUGGGCAGAAUUUGCCUCACGUGACAGAACAAAAUUGCAGCGUGCUCAUCCAGGCGUGCAGGCCAAAAUGGAGAAGGUAAUAGAGAGAUUUAGCAUCAUUUUACGGUAAACCAAACGUCAGUUUGUACUUGUAGUUUAUGGCUGUUUCAUCAAAGGUAGCCCAAGCUCGAAAUAUGCGCGUCGGUACAGUUGUGUAAUCGCUUGAAUACAAUUUUUUAUGGGAAGAAACGAUUGUUUCUGUAACCUACUAACUUCUUUGAGAGAGAAUAAACUGGUCAUGCAUGCUUCUAGCUUUGAGCUCGGGCUACCUGUGGUUUUAUCCAUAGUCAUUUGCUUGGAACGUUUUUAUGUGCUAGUUUGCCUAAAUUGAGAAAUUGUCAACUUGAAUCCCACCUUUACCGUUUUUCGUAUUAAAACUUGACUCCAGUUCUGUUCUGCGCAUCUCUCAACGCCGUGAAAAAAAGCUUCCGCGCAGAAACUUCAUUAGAUCAGAAUAACUUUUUUAAAAGACGAUAUGAUCAUCGCAAUGUUGAUUGCAAUUUAAGCAAAUGCAAAUAAACCCGAAAAAAUUUUUCGGGACUUCAACGGGAUUCGAACACAUGGCCUCUUCGUUAGCGCUGAAGUGCUCUACCAUUUGAGCUAUGAAGACCCAGUGAAAGGAAUGAAGCAUGGAGAUGAUGUGAACUGCAGAAAUACAAAUUUUAAAUGAAGAUACGAUCUAUCGUCGAUUGAACGAAAAUUAAAUGGAAAUCUAGAGAAUCAACGAACACUUUACAUUCAAAUAAUUGAUUCUUGUUUUUCACGUUAGGUAUUCCCGCCAAUAACAUGACUCCAGCCUUAUAAUAUAUACUGAAACCACACACGAUCCACACUUCCCUCUGAUUCGCUCUGACGAACAGCUAGCGCUCGAAACGUUAGUUUCUGUCCGGUCUCCCGAAGGUGGCCAACUACCUUAUCAACUCAGUUCAUAAAGGUGAUGUUACACGGGACGAUUCGCAACGACGAUUUUUAGCCUAACACAUCGUUGCAAUGUUGCAACAAUGCUGCAGCCUUUCAAAACAAUAUCACAACAAUGCUGCAAAGCUGAAUUGUGCUAAAAAUCGUCAUGCGAAUUGUCUCUUGUCACAUCAGCUUAAAACUUUGUAGUUCUUUGUAUUUCACGCUCCGACUGACGCAACACCACAGUUUCUUUAGAGGCAAGAGAGAAUGAUGGGAAGGCGGGUGGAAACGCCCAGUCUAGUCCUUGGGAUAUGUAAUUUCACCAAAGUUAUUUUUAGACCAGAUAAUAAAUCGGGAGAGGUCCGGAGAGGUCCGCAAAAUUUUAUUCGGUGUUUUCAAGAGAGAAUUCAAUUGCUUGCGUAGCUGGCGGGAUUAGCGUGGGAGUGCUGUUUUGCCGGCGGAGCCACGAUAACAUAACCUUAUAGAUAAGUGAUUUUAGCAAAAACGUCUGCUGAACCGCUACAGCAGCCAUGUAGGUUCUAUCCAAUAAAAUAUCGUCCUAAUCGAAAUAUCUCAAUGUCAUUUGUGGCGCUUUUAUAGAUCUUGAUUUGAGGAAAGAAUCCUUUUGAAAGAAGGUUUGUAUCAGGAUAGUUUAUUUUUCAUCAUUGUCAUAACAGGGGGAUAUCCAACUAGACAAAGAUCCUGAGUUUGACACCACAAUUGUCGGUCCUUGGAUGGGCAAAUGGGAAAUAGUUCACCACAACAAGCACACUGUGCAAUACAAAGACCCUGGAGAUGAUACAGAAGCCUGGACCAACUAUCAGUCAACGUGGACUAAAGCAUGA